GUCAACCGAGCCAACUUUCUUAGGUUGUUUCUUUUGGAUUUCUGAAAAAUGUUGCUUACUAUUGGUAGAAAAGGGUCAUCCUUGACUCUGAUUAAUGGAAAUUGACUCUGAAAGUGCAAGCAAUAGGUAUUCUUCGAUAUUUGAGAACAGGACACCCAUAUAGAAUUGACUGAUAAAAACUUUGCGAAUACCUCAAACCCAGCCCCACAAGCAAAUACUAUUUAAUGUUUUGAUUGUACUAUUCAAUGAAUUAUGGAAACGAAGAGCUGUUUGCCUGAUGCUGACAAAACAAAGUGUUUACCCUAGAUUGUUGUGAAGUCAUUUCCUUCUUAGGUGUUAUAUAAUGGCUCACUUGGAUGAUCAACAAAGUCGCGGAUGAAUGUCGAGCCUAAUCUGCUAUUCCCAGAUAGUUGUCUCUUGUCUUAAUGGUUUAGGCAGAUGUCGUGAAGGUUCUUGUUUCUUUUCAUUCUUUCAGAAUAUGAUGAUAUAAGCAGUUUAUUCUGUUGUAGCCUUGUAAGUAUCAAGAAGAUGCGCUGUUGUGCUCCGUGUCGUCAUUCUUUGCUACUGUGGAGUCAGGUUUUUCCACAAGAUGCGCGUUGAUGAUGCGAGUGGAGGGUCUGAUCUAUGUGCGACCGGAGCGUGCCAACGUCUUUGGCGGCCGAUGGGGGCAGGCGCUUCUGCGAUCUUUGACGGCUGCUUCACUGAUAAUUGGCCCACAACCGGAGGCUAGCGCGCACAUUCUCGGCUUUUUCGGUGGUGAUCUGCGCUUCGACAGCUACACGGGCAGAUAUGGCGACGAUCGUAGUCCUGCGCGCGGCGCUGUGGUCGAGCCACCGGGCAUCUCGAGUGAGGCUCUUGCUGUGCACACGGAGCACGAAAAGGUGGCUGCCGUCUCCGAAUCAACUGCUCUUACCGUGGUCCGUAGCUCACCGGAUCUUCCGAACCUCGGAGGCCGUGGAGAGGUAGAAAGGGCAGUAGGCACGCAACAACGAGGCAAAGCUGCACGAGCAUCGGCUGCUGCUACGAGGCUAGACGGAGUGGACAUACCACCAGGUCAACAGCUCCACAGUCACGGCACAACUCGGUGGUCUGAUGGUACUGCAAAGAGAAGGCUCCAGACGGCUGGUGGAGAGUUGCCAACUGCUUACAUUCCACCGGAAACAGUGGAUUACUCUAGCGCAUCGCAGUUUCGGGAUGUAACGAGGCUUACGACAUGCGAAGAGGGGGAGGAGCUGCAGUGCCUUUACCGAGGCGGCCCGAAGCAAUUUGCGACUCGUGUUGUCCGCAAUGCCGACUCCGCGGGACUCAUAGAGGUACUUUACACCACUUGCAUACGAGGACUUUGUUCAGCAAGUAGAAUACGCAGCACUAUUAGCCUGAAUCAGAUUGAGAGGGACAUCCGCACUGACCGUAUUCAGGUUUUACUGACGGGUGUGACUUUUGGCGACGAAAAAACUAUUUAGCUGAAGAUCGAAAAUUGUCGUGCCCUGUUUUUGCACUCCUACUUUUGUCCGCAAGCUUUAAUUUGUAGUUACUCGAGAAUGAAAAAUCGUGUGGCCUAUCCCAAAUUGAAACCAACAUACCAAAACCGUAACCUUGCAGGUGCGCUGGCUUUUCAACGAACGGCUAUGCGACGAUGCAGCGCGAGUCCUGUGGUGCCGCAUCGACAUCAAAUCCUGCGACAAGCAAAUAGGAUUUCGCUACUAUCAAUGUACCGACUUCAUGCCCAGUUCGGCGACAGAGACUACAACAAUCGACCCUAAAACGGAAGCUCUCCUCGGCAUUCAGCCGAGUUUGAGUAGCCCCUCGUGGAAUCAGGCGCCGACCGAUGAUGAUGAAUGGGUACUUCUGCUCCUUAGCACAUCUUCAGUCCUUGUCGUAUUAGACUUUUUUGCAACCAAGCGCGAUAGCCGUCCAUCACUCCAUAAUUUACUCCGAUUUUAUUAGGAAGCAUGGUAGAAGUUGCUGGUUCUCUCCGGUGUGCUCUGAGUAUGAUGAUGAAGAUGGGUGAGGGAACUCGUAAAUACAGAUCUGUAUAAGGAACCCGAUAAACAAAAUAUCAGUCUAACUCCGAACUGAUUGGGACGCUCGUUGGGCUUGUGAGUUUGUCUCUCAGCAUAUUUGCGAUUUGGCUCUUCUAUCGGCGAUACCGACAUUUUGGCAACUUUGCUAAGAAUCCUCCGGAUGCAGAAGAGCCAGCGGCCGGGUUCAUGUUCAACGACCCGCGCAACAACAUUGACGUGGAUAAGAACCGCACGUGGCUGCGCAACUUCUUCUCCGACCGUGCCGCCAAGGAGUGGAAUAUAAUCGACCAUGCUGCUGUGAAAGCACACCGAGAGAAAAGCAAUGAGGAAGAGGAGCUCGGGCCCGUUGAAGGCAAGUAUCUUCUCUACUGCCUCUCGUUUUGGUGCUGCUGCUUGAUGAAGUAUAAGGACCGCAAGAAGCGCACGGGACCCAGCGGUACAGUGGAAGACACAGAAGCAGAGUUCAUCGCUAAGCUUGAAAUAGAGCGUCGACAGCGAUAUCUGGCCGAGAAGGCCGCGCAGGAGGAGCGCGUACGACGGGAACGCGAGCGGCGACGUGCAAUUGCGAGUGAAGACCGUGCAGACGCGUUUGGCAUGGAGAGUAAUAGCUCGUGGAACGGAAUACGAAGUGCUUCGCGACGAUGGAUGCAUGAGCUCUACGCGCGCUCGAACGCGAAGUGGUUCUACAAAACGCGCGACUGGUCGAAAGCAGCGAGGCCCUACCGGAUGGACCCGCUGAAAAAUCGGCGUCAACUUCGGGGCAAGGUGGCGCGAUUCAUCCCAAAGAAACCGAAUUUAGGUGCGGUGCGCGUGGUCAAGGGCAUGUUCGGUCCGUCUUCGAAGGGACAGCGUGGGGUCUCGCCUCGACUCCGCGAGGAGCCAGAUGAGGAACCAGACUACCUGUCAAACGAGGACGCGAGUCCCUACUACAGUAGAGUAGACAUGCACUCCCCAGGGGGGAGGAGUAGUUUCUCUCCGUCUGGAGCGCGCGCUGGCGCCAGUAUCCGCUCACCUGGACAGUCGCCAACGGCGCAGCGGGUCGCAGAAUCGGACUGGGUGGUGGAGGCAAUGAUGGGAGAUCACGAGGAGGAUGGCAAGCGCAGGAACUACUACAGCUUUGAGCGGGCCGAUAUGGAUAAGCUUGACGCCAAAGCACGUGGCCGCAUGAAAGACCGCAAAGAGCACGCGAAGGGAUUUUCUAAACACGGCAUUGACGUUGGGUUCCAUCGCCAACAGGUUCUGCGAAGUGCCGUAGGUGGGGAUGCGGAAGCGGACUGGGCUGGUGAGCACGACCGAAUGCAGGAUACGUUCGUCUCGAGUGAUCUCUCCUUUGACUCUCGGGGCGGAUGGCGCACGCCACCGAAGGAGGACGGCGUCGACUCCCCGAAGAGCGGCACCUUCAACAAGCGCAACAGCUACCGCGUCGAGAAGAUCCGCAGGCAGUUGGAAGAUCGGCAAAUGCGAAAAGCAGAAAAGCGGCUGGCCUACGAAUCGGAGGUAGAGCGGCAAAGAUACAUGGAUGAAGAAAUUCAGCAGAACAGAAUCAAUGACAAUCGAGAACGGCGGGAUAUGGCGGCCCAGCAAGCAAAGGGUAGUUACAUGGAGCAAACGUUCGGUGGAUCCUUUCGAAGACGGCCUGCGACCACAGUCUCCCGCCUGAAUGCGAAUGAGGCGGGGCCGAACCCGUUUCUGCCCAGUCUGCUGGAGUCAGAGGACCCUCCGCUGAGCCCCGCUGAACAGAGCCGAGGCCACCGCGGCAGCCGCCGCGCCAGUAAGGGCAGCAGCAUCGCGUCGCCGAAGGGCAGCCCGCCACAGCUCGAUAUGCGUGCAAACGAAAUGAGUCCCGCGUCCUCCGCUUCGCCCGCGAGAAACCUGAAGGCGAUCAGUCUAGUUGCAGGUGAUUCACCUGUAAACGGUGGGAAGGUGCUCGCGCAGGUUUACGGCGAAGCCGGACGCGACUUUGAUUACGGCAUUGCCGAAUCUCGUGCAGACAGCAAACGGUCAUUACCGCGGAUCCCGAUGAUUCCCCGUUUAAGCACGAGUGACGACGAGUACGUAGGUUUGGCGCGCGAGAGAGACCGGAUUGUGGAGGACCCGCAGCGUGUGAUCGCUCAGGCCCUGAGAGCCAGCGGCGUCCCGAGAGGGGAGCGGCAUAUAGUCGAACAAGAAGUUCUCGACGUGGACCCGCGCACCGGCAAGCUAGUCCUUUCUCCCGGCGGAGCGUAUCCGGAAGUCAAUCGCGGAGGACGCGCCUUGUGGGAAAUCCCAAGAUUAGCGGCGAGUGUUCCAGCAAAGAAGAUGGAGGUCGGUUCUGCAAUUCGUGAUGUGAUGGCGGCAGGCGCGACCCUUGCGGGUGUGCCGAUCCCCGGACUCAACGCGGACAUUAGCAGAGGAAGGAAGCCGAAGGGCCGUCUCAAACGCAGCGAUGAGGACGAGGACUUCGCCUAUGAACCCGAGAAUUACGAAAGUGCACGGAACUUGCAGCUCGUCCAGGAAACGCUAGCGCAGCUAGAAGAACGCAAAGCCAGACGGCAGAAAAGAAGUGGCAGUAAGAAUGUGCCUGUCGGAGUGAAGGACUACCAGGAAUCGCGUGGCGGGCGCAUGGCGCGGGUGUACCAGCACGUUUUUCGAAGCGCGAACGCGUUUAACCAGCGCGACACGCGGCCCGACACAAGUCCCGGCGUAGAGCGGCGCAUGGCCGCACGCAGCCUGCUGCGGCACCAGGAAGAGACGAUGGGACGCGCCGCGCGCCGCGAGGGCAGCAUGAGCCCGACGCAAAUUGCAGAGCAGGAAGCGCUGAAACGCCAGGCGUCACGCUACUACGGCGCACAGUCGCUGAAAAUUCCCUUUUCACCUCAAUAUGGGAUGAACGACACUGGAUCUUCUGCUGACUAUGCGGAAGAACGGAUAGCACGACGAUGGAACCGACUGCGUGACGAGGUACAACGGCAUCUAGGCAAACAGGCUGCUCGCGGUGACGCGGGUCGGGGCCGAUUGAAGCAAGUAGCACAUUUGGAGAGAGACUUUGGAAACGACGCAAAACAGCGACCGGUGCGAGGAUUUCUCCAUGAAAAACAGGUUCCGGAACUCGAAGAAUAUGUGGUCGCAGACGAAAGCAUGUUCUCCCCCGUCAGCGAGAACAACCUCACCUUGGCCGCUGCCCCUUCGCGAUCUAGGCGACCCAAACUUGCGACCGACCUGAACUACGAUGUGCUUUCUCCACGCGUUGAAGAGCACCAUCACAUUUACUACUGAGGACGCAUAUACAUAGUUCCCCAAACGUGAUUAAAAAUGCGUGCUCGCACGCAGUCACCGCUUCAUUCCCUUCCAUGUGAUUUUAUAUGAUAAUAUGUGUGAUAACACAUUCGACCCCCUCAUUCCUUUACUUCGCUUCCCCCGAUUCCUAAAUAUGAUAGGCAGUAGAUUGGCGACUUCUUUCCCUGUCGUCACUCCAUAACGAAUGAACAUGAAUGUGUAGGAUUUGGAUUGCGAAAGGCGCAUGUUGCAGAUUACAAAAUAGCGCAAACCUGAACUCUAAGAACGGCUGCACUCAAAAGCAGCUGAAUAGAGCUGUACUCACGUC